GGGCACGUCUCCCCUAGUGGCGCGUUCCACGCACGUCCCCGCACUUAACCUCUGCGCGCCCGGCGCGGUGCGGGCGUCGGGGAGUGCGAGCCUGCAGCGGCAGCCCCGCAGACCAUGACUUGCUACCGGGGCUUCUUGCUGGGCAGCUGCCGGCGCGUGGCGGGAGGCCGGGCGGCUCUGCGGGGCUCGGGCGCGGACGGCCGGCGGCACCUGGGGCACGGGCAGCCGCGCGAGCUGGCGAGCCGUGGUAGCCGCGCCGACGGCGGCUUCCGCCCUUCGCGGGUGGUGGUGGUGGCGAAAACUACCCGCUACGAGUUCGAGCAGCAGCGGUACCGCUACGCGGAGCUCUCGGAGGAGGACCUGAAGCAGCUGCUUGCAUUGAAAGGCUCGAGCUACAGUGGACUACUUGAACGACACCAUAUUCACACCAAAAAUGUAGAACAUAUAGUAGAUAGCUUACGGGAUGAAGGGAUUGAGGUUCGCCUAGUGAAGCGGAGGGAGUACAAUGAAGAAACCGUUCGAUGGGCAGAUGCUGUCAUAGCAGCAGGAGGUGAUGGCACGAUGCUUCUGGCAGCCAGUAAAGUUUUGGACAGACUUAAACCUGUCAUUGGGGUCAACACUGAUCCAGAACGGUCUGAAGGUCAUUUAUGUCUGCCUGUUCGAUACACACAUUCCUUCCCUGAAGCCCUACAGAAGUUCUCGCGUGGUGAGUUCAGGUGGCUAUGGAGACAACGUAUCAGGUUGUAUCUGGAAGGGACUGGCAUAAACCCCACCCCGGUGGACCUUCAUGAACAGCAGCUGAGUUUGAAUCAGCACAGCAGGGCCUUUAACAUCGAAAGAGCUGAUGAUGAAAGAUCCGAGGCGUCAGGACCUCAGCUUUUGCCAGUGCGAGCACUCAAUGAAGUCUUCAUCGGGGAGAGCUUGUCAUCCAGAAUGCCUUAUUGUUGGGCUGUAGCAGUGGACAAUUUAAGAAGAAGUAUACCCAAUCUAAAGGGACUGGCUUCGUACUAUGAAAUUUCAGUUGAUGAUGGCCCAUGGGAAAAGCAGAAGAGUUCAGGGCUCAAUUUGUGUACUGGAACGGGAUCAAAGGCCUGGUCAUUCAAUAUCAACAGGGUUGCAGCUCAGGCUGUUGAAGAUGUUUUAAAUAUUGCCAGGCGACAAGGAAAUCUGACUCUUCCAUUGAACAAAGAGUUGGUAGAAAAAGUCACAAAUGAAUACAACGAAUCAUUGCUCUACAGUCCAGAAGAACCAAAAAUACUUUUCAGUAUUCGAGAGCCAAUAGCAAACAGAGUUUUCUCAAGCAGCCGUCAACGUUGUUUCUCAUCAAAAGUUUGCGUCCGUUCACGAUGUUGGGAUGCCUGCAUGGUUGUGGAUGGAGGAACUUCUUUUGAAUUUAAUGAUGGAGCGAUUGCUUCAAUGAUGAUCAACAAAGAAGAUGAGCUUCGAACUGUGAUUCUAGAACAGUGAAGGAUUUCCUCAGACGACAUAUUUGAUUACUAGAAAUAUAUUUUUUUCUGCAGAUACAGAUGACCAGCCAUAAACCUACCUUAUUUUGGUCCUUACUGAGACUGGCUACCACUAGAGUCAAAGGUGACAAAGUGGAAUCCAUGUUUUGUCUGUUCCAUUGUGAUAGACAAAAACUGUUCACCAUGUGAGAAGUGAUGGACUAAAUGGAUUAGAAUUAUAUUGGUGAAGUUUCUGUAUUAUUUACAGUUGGUAACCAAGAGUAUUGAUAUUCUCUAGAGAGGCAGGUUAAAUAAAGGGUUUAUUUAGAAUUUCAAAUUUAACUGUACAAGCAUUUUGGCUUUGUUUUUUCUUCCUAACUUUGUGGAAUUGACUUUAUGUUGUUUGAUUAAUGCAUUAUUUUUAUAGUACCUAAAGGUAAAGAUUUUAAAAAAUUUUGAUGAUGGAGAACUUUGAUAAAUCAUGAUGUUGACCUAACUGAAGUUGGUAAAUGUGUUUUUAUAUAUGCUAAUAAUUUUCUAAUUCUAGGAAAUAAUGCUAAAAUCAUUAUUGAUUGAAAAAAAUUGAAUCAUUUUAAAAAUUAUUUGUAGAUGAAUUCUGACUUGGUUAAUGUCAACAAUGCUAGAUAAAAUAUAUCUGUUGGGACAAAUGAUGCUUUGUAAAUGUAUUAAUUUUUCUGUACAAAUUGUUGGUCAGACAAAUUAUUUUUUUUUAAAUAAUUUGAGUUCAAUAGCCCCUCUCCUGUUUUUGAAUCGCUAGCAUGAACUCAAGGAUUAGAAAGAUAACUGAUGAAUAUGUUUUGUUAGGAGUUUGGUAAAACAUUCAGACCGUCCUUUUGUUUUAGGAUUGUCAGCAAGAGAAUUGGACAUACUUUUGGAAUUGCCUUAUUUAAUAUUUUCUGUAUUCCAAGUUUUAAACAAUAGCUCUGUAGGAUUAAAAACAACAGAGCCCUUCCCCAACCCCAGUAUAAAAACCACUUUAUUUUUGAAGGAAACUACUUUCAUUUAAUUCUUGAUCUUAAAAGUAACUAGUUUUCACAGAAAGAUCCCAUUGCUAAAUAAUGAAAUGGUAUUCUCAUGCCACUUAUUCAAUUGAGUCGUUUUCACUUGGUGAAAUUGGUUUUCAUUGACAAAGUGUUUAUUGAAGAUGCACUCUGUGCCAUCUGUCACAAUAUCAUAUAAUGAAGUAUUGGAAGGACACUGAAAUAGACUGUUAGUGGGACUUGAGCCUAGUGAGCUCAGAAGUGAGCGCUGAAAGCUAGGAUGCAUGAUCAGAUUAAAUGCUCUUAGCUUUGCCAAACUCAACAUGCUGCUCUUAACAACUAAAACAUGAAUGUUGACAUGCAAGGUAAUCUAGGUUUUGUUGUUUAUCCAGAAUGUGUUCCUUAAGAGUAUCUGCAGGAGGAAAUAUGUUAGGUUUUUGCUGAGCCAAGUCUAAUUUCUAGUUUAAUUUUUUAAGAAAUGAUAUAUUUAAGAUACUACUUUAUAUGGAGGUUAAAUUCCACACUAUAGAAAAUCCACCCAAAGGCUUGAAAUACUUUGUGGGGUGGGGAUGGGGGAUGUCACUUCUGCCCGUAUUAUAUCCAAGAAUCUGGUUGUUCAUGAUUUACCACAGAUCUUUUAGUAUGUACUAUUAGCUAGUAACUAGCUGUGUGGAAUUGUUCAUAAGCUACAUUUGGAAAAGUAUUAAAAUUACUGACUACGUUUGCAAUCUAACUUCUGCUCUGUUGCAGGCCAGGAUUUAUUUGUAAUAGAUGAAUGGCGGAGGAUGUUGGAGUCUCAAAAAUGUCUUUUUGAAUGGGUUAACCUUUAAUGACCACUGUAUACAAAUAAAAUUAAGCCAUUGUC